CCAACUCCAGCAGGCAGCAGCCCUAACACACACCGCCGCCGCCGGCACCUCCUCUUCCCAUCUCGUCGAAGGUUGCCGGCCGGUCAGGAGAUGGCUUCACCUCUCACGGACCUCGCCGACCACCUCCUGGCCGAGAUCUUCCUCCGGCUGCCCGACCCGGCCGACCUCGCCCGCGCCUCCGCCGCCUGUGUCACUUUCCGCCAAAUCUCCACCGACCGCUCCUUGCUUCGCAGAUUCCGCCGCCUCCAUGCACCACCAAUCCUCGGAUUCCUCUGGGCCGGCGGCAUGUUCUAUCCCACUCUGCCGCCUCACCCCUCCGCGCCCGCCGCCCACGCGCUCAACCUCGCGGCCGACUUCUACUUCUCCUUCAUCCCCUCCCACUACCGCUGGACCGUCCAGGACAUCCGCGGCGGCCGCGUCCUCCUCGAAGGCGACAUCGAAAAAGAUGAGCGGCCCCCUGUUUUCAAAGAUCUCGCGGUGUGCGACCCCUUGCACCGUUGGUACGUCCUGCUCCCUCCGCUACCUCAUGACCUAGCCGCUUCGCUUGAGCACCCGUUCCCCAUGGUGAGCGAGGCCCGGUGCAAGGCUUUCCUCGUUCCCCUCGGCGAGGAGGAGGUGGCGGCGGGAGAGACAACAUUCAGAGUGAUCUUGAUGGCAAAUUGCAAAGCUAGUCUGGCUGCCUUCGUCUUCUCCUCAAGCACUGGGCAAUGGCAAGCCGCUGCGUCCAAGGGUUGGAGUGAUUUGGCCCUUAGCGAGGGCGACAUGGCCAAGAUGUCACAGGUCCACCCUUUUAUUCUCAGGCGCCAUUAUGCUUAUGGCUGCUUCUACUGGGACUGGAUGGAAUUCGGGAGGAAAAAAUUGCUCUUGCUGGACACCAGGAGCAGCAAGAUGGAGUUCUCCAUUGUCGACCUCCCGCCCGGAGAAUGGAGCACGGCAGGAGGAAUAGCCAUUGUGGAGGCAGGGGAAGGCAGGCUUGGGGUCUUUGGUUUCCAUGGUAAAAUUAACUGUGAUCUCAGCUAUACCGUCGCACGGAACAAAGGCAAGAGUCCUAGCCAGUGGCAGAUGGAGAAGACAAUCUCACUAGAUUCUGGGUACAGAUAUUUUAUCAGAGAUGCAACACAGAGGUACUUGCUCUUCACAAGGAUAGAAGCCUCAUCUCUAGAGAAUCCACUUGCUGGAUAUUUCUCAAUGGAUUUCAAGACGUUCCAGCUACAGAGGCUUUAUAGCGAUCCGAAAUAUUUUAUAUAUCGGACACACACAUAUAUCAACUUCCCACCAUCAUUCUUGUCUUCAAGUAGAAUAUGAAGUGAUUCAGGGGAGUUGUUAUCAGAUCAGUGUUAUAUGUUCGAAGCGACCUUGGGUUCUGAUAGUGUGGAUUCUCUUCGCAGAUUUGAACACCUACCUAGCCGACAAGUUGGCGCGUGACAAUCUGAAGGAUUUCACCUGGCUGUGGUCUUUUGUAUGUUGUUCUUAUUUCCAUGCUACCUCUAGAUUCAGUUAACAUGGUGUAACAUGAAUGAGCUGCUCCGUGACUAAGAAUGUGACAAAUGGAAUUAAGAGUUUCAGUCAAGUGACAACCGUGGUACUAUUAGAUUUAGCUGUAGUAUAUUUCCAUGUCAAUUUUUUUUCUUUCUAAUUUGCAUGGUGCUUGUAGCUUCAGUUAAUGUGGCUGCUGCUCCAUGCGUAAGAGUGAAUGUGACCAUGAAUUUGACAGUUUCAAUCAACCAACAACUAUGGUAGAGCUA